AUGGAACAGUUUAAUCUCGAGUCCAGCGCAGCCAUCAAAGCCAAAUAUGCUCAAGUCCAAGAAAAAAUCCUCGAAACAUUCGUCAGCAUGGCCAAAGUAACGAAGAAACUAAACGAAAGUAGUGCGGAAGUCAAAUGUGAGCGAUUUAACUCGGAUUCAACAUUUUCUAACAAGUUCUGGGGGGUAAUUACGAAUCAACGACAAACUGUCUUCGCAAAAACUUGGGAAUCAGUCCAGCACAGUGGCGGGAACGAUCCGAACAAGGCGGUAAAUGCGAUUAUGGCUGACCCAGAUCGACUUCUUCGCCGUUCACGGCUGCGAAAGUCCUUUACAGCUAGGCGACUUGGAGUUGAAGAAAACGAUGCAGAGCAAGACGAGGAGCAUUACGACGACACGGGGCUUUAUCAAAGCAUUCUGAGGAACCUGAUAAACUCAAAGGCGAAUUCGACGGAUCCAAACAACACGACAGAGUUGAAUAAACAUUGGUUGAAGCUUCAGAGGCUUGAGAAAAAGACGAAAAAAGUAAACGUAGACACGAAAGCUUCGAAAGGCCGGAAAAUCCGCUACAAUGUUCACCAAAAACUCGUUGGCUUCUUCCCCAAAGCUGACAAGGCCGAGUGGACACACGAAAGACGAAAUCAGCUGUUCCGCGGCGUUUUCCAGUUUUAA